AUGGACAUACAAAACUUUAUUUUCUCGCUCUUUUGUUGCUUGCUAUUUUCUUUCUUCUCAGGUGAAAAACAAGUUGCCGAAGGUGCAAGAUUGUCUUGGACAUCGCCAUCUUUUGUUUUCAGACCAAAGAUGCUGUUUGCAUUCGGAGAUUCCUAUGCUGAUACAGGGAACUCUGAGAUAGCAGUGACGAGAUCCUGGAAAUUUCCUUAUGGAAUUACAUUUCCUGGGAAACCUUCUGGUCGUUUCUCCGAUGGUUUUGUCUCCACUGAUUACAUUGCGAGUUACCUGGGAAUGAAGACACCGGUACCAUACAGAUGGAGAAAACAAGUGAGUGGGCGAGUGAAGGAUGGGAUGAACAUGGCUUAUGGAGGGACAGGUGUGUUUCAGACGUUGAUUUCGGGGCCAAAUAUGACGACUCAGAUUGAUUUCCUAAAACAACUACUGGAUGACUCGGUCUACACUCCAAGGGAUUUGAAAACAUCAGUGGCACAUGUCAGUCUUUCAGGCAACGACUACUCCACUUACUAUGCCAGGAACGGCUCUGUUGCGGGUUUACAAGCCUUCAUCGAAAGCGUUGUGAAGCAACUCAUGGUGAACUUGAAACGCAUCCAAGAGCUGGGAGUGCGCAGAAUCGGCGUGUCUUCACUGCUACCUUUGGGUUGCAUCCCUCUAAACACCGCCCGUUUCUCCUUUCAACGCUGCAACCAAACGGACAACGUCUUCGUUCAACUCCAUAACCAUCUCUUGCUUCAAGCUGUCAACACUUUGAACCAACAAACCAACCGCACAUCCUUCUUUGUUCUUGAUCUUUAUAACGCCGUGGAUACCAUUUUGGGCAAGAACCAAUCCCAGCCAGGAAGUCCGAGAUUUGAGAACCCAUUGGAGCCAUGUUGUUUUGGAGUGAGUGAAGAGUUUGAAUGUGGGAGUGUGGAUGAAAAUGGGGAAAAGAAAUACAGGCUUUGCUCUAACCCUAAAUCCAAAUUCUUUUGGGAUGGAGAACACCCUUCAUCACAAGGAUGGAGAGCGGUAUACUUGUCUCCUGCUUUUCAAGACACUCUCAAGCAGUUUUUGUAG